AUGGGUGACCUGAAGGCCCUGCUUGCUACCGCACAUCCGGAUGACGUGUUCUGCUUCCACGAGAUUAAUUUUCUUCCAAGUCGGCUGCCGAAGUCGUACAUUCCGGAUAAGCGCAAUGUGGUGGAGCGUAUCGUCAACGUCGGCAUCCUCUACAACGCGACGGGGAGUUGUUCCGCAGUGCCUCUGGUGGUGCUAGAGCCAUCCAAUAGGCCCGAGCGCCGGCGGGCGGGCGCCGCAUCGCGCAAGGUGGCCGUUCGGUAUAUGAACCGCGGGCGGUUGAUGCCGGAGGUAUUCACGGAGUUUGUGGAGACCGUAAACGGUGUGCACUUCAGCCGUGAUCGCAACACCAUCAUCCUCACCAUUCACAAGGCGCAUCGCAUCACAGGCGAGGUGGCGCCGCCCGUCACGGAGCACGGCUUCAGUGUGCAGCACCUCACGAACACCCGAGUCGUCAACAUUCGUGGAUCGGUUCCGGAGACGGGCCUGCCGCACCUGCAGGGAGUGGGUGACGCGCUGAAGGCGUAUUACCGCGUUAUGCUGAUGAGGCGUGCGAUAGGGUCCAAGCGGUUCCAGUUCGACUAUUCGGCUUCCAUCGCUGAUGUCGACUAUAACGACAUACUCGAGUGGCUGGGAGAAGCGUGGACUCGUGUGCGCGCGGCUACCAUGCAGCGGAGCUGGUGGCGCGCAGGAUGCGUGCCGGCGAGCUGGCCGCCCCUGAUGGCGUACCUGGGUGACACGUGCGCAACCGGCAUGUUCGAGCCUAUUAUUUCGGUAUGCGUCGAUUUGGAGUUGCUUAUCGAGAACUUCAAGGUAAGGCCUGCGUGCUACAUGACGGUCGCGGAUUUUAUCAACUGCGACGCGGGACUAUGCGUGGAGCAGGGGUUCAGAGCCACACCUGCUGCCAGCGCGUCCGAUGACUCGUCGGGCGACAUGAGCCUGCCUGACGGCCCAUUGCUGCGGGACGAGCGCAGCAUGAGGCGCGUGAUACGCAACGUCACAAACGCGUACGUGGAGCGUGCCGAUGAGCUCGGCAUCCCCGCGGCGGCUGUGCCUGCAGAGGUCGGAGCAUCGAACCAGGAGGUGAUUUCCCGCCUAUGCAGGACGCCUGUCAAGAGGGCUCGCGCAGGGGGGCGAGCUGAGAACGGGACAGCCGAAGAAUUGCUGCAGAGUGAUGAAGUGCUGGAGAGUGAUGACGACCAGUGA